AUGAAGUUUCCGUGGUCGCACACAACUAUUGUGGAUAUGAUCAAAAACGACCACAAGCUGGAGGAGAAAUGUAACCAUGUGACGGCAGAUAUUGCGGCAGGUAAGCUGGAUAUGGCAAAGUUUGUUGAGGAACUGGGACCAGCCCUAACACACACAGAAGCGGACGUACGAGCGAAGGGCACAACUCUGCUAUCGCACGUGUUACACGAUCUUCCCUCGGACAGUUUGAAUGCUGAGCAAGUGAAGCUGCUGUGCGUGUUCUACGGUGAUCGGACACUGGAUCAUAACAUCGUCACUCCGGCGGUGCUUGAUGGUGUGGAAGCGCUUUCUCGCAUGACCAACUUUCCGUCUACGUGUGCCGUCCCACUGUUGCAGUCUCUAUUUAAACGCAUUCCCUGCCAAAGCCAGAAGAAAGCCGAACGGACACUGUAUUUUCGCACGAUAACGCAGGUCUCGGAACGCUGCCAGGUGGAGCUGAAAGAAUGGGGUUCCGAUUUUCUGUACGGUGUGAUCGGUGCAAUCGAAAGCGAACGAGACCCGCGAAAUUUGCUUUAUCUGUUCGAGCACAUGCCCACUUUUAUUCGCGCCUUUCCGAUGUACCACCUGGCGGAGGAAAUGUUUGAAACGUUCGCCUGCUACUUUCCGAUCGAUUUCCACCCGAAUCCCAACGACCCGAAUGACAUCACGCGGUCAAUGUUGGCCGAACGGCUUGCCGACUGUCUGUGUGCGACCUCCGAGCUGGCCGUUUUUGCGGUGCCGCUGCUGCUGGAAAAAAUGGAAAGUAGUCUCCUUGUCGCCAAGCUGGAUUCUUUGGCGCUACUCGUACGGUGCCUGUCGCUGUUGGAAGUGCGGCAAGUGGCGGAACACUAUGGCGAGCUGUGGAAUGCCUUAAAACUUGAGCUGCUGCUACCGGGAGUGAAGGAAGCCGAUAAAGAACUGCUCGAUGCUGGACUGACGGCCGUGCGGGAAUUGUCGAGACAUGCCAGCGCAGAUGAACCCUCGGCAAAGCUACUGCUUGAUCAGAUACUGGUGAGCUUGAUGGCCAGUCUCACCGAUGCCAGCUCGAAGCAGUUCGAAACCAGCCUGCGUGUGGUGUUGAGCUGUGCCAGUGCCAGCGAGUUCUGCGCAUUGUAUGUCGCAGACAAGCUUCUCCCGAUGCUGCUCGCUCAACUCAACCCGGAUUCGUACAUCGAAAUACGCAUAGAAAACAGACUAAUAGACAGUUUGCAACGGAUUAUGGCCGCGUGCGCUAAAUGGUGCUGCGUUGGUAAAUUAGAUCCCUCGUUAGUUGGACAGGUUCAGAAACUGUUUGUCCAAAUACUGCAGCAAACUGGGAGCGAUGGCAGCGAACAAACACGAUCGGCACUGCGAGCUGUGUCUUGUGCUCCGGAAAUGAUAUCGAGCGAGAACCGGUACGUGGUCUACAGCAAGCUCGUGCUACUGAUGCUCGUCCCCGACAGUCCCCAAGCGGACGCGGUGGAGGAAUGCUUGUCAUCGUUGGCGAUCCGCUAUUCGGAGGAAGUCAAAACGCUCGUUUUGUCGAAACUGAUGAGCCACGACUUUGCUACCGCCGAGCAAGCGCUUGUGCGACGGAUUUUUAAGUCGUUCGGAAAGUUGAUCGUGUGUCACGGUUACACGUACAAGAUGGUAGACUUUCUGAUGGCGAAGAUAUUUGCACAGCCCGUGGACGAACGGUUGGCAAUCGUCGCCAUGGACACCUUAACCGAUGCGGUAGAACUCGGCGGUUGGAACGAGCUCGCGAAGGGUGAGUUGUACGUGCAGUACAAGCUGAUCGAUCGCUUCGUUGAGUAUGCGAACGAUGAUCUUGGCUCGGAGUAUCUGCACAGUAUGGCCCACCUGAUGACGGCGGUGGUGAAACGUUUGCCCGUGGAAGAGCAAAAAGAAUUGAUCCUAAAGCGUUUGCCGCCCCUGAAACUGCAACAGCGGGCCGAUUUGUAUCUGGCAUCCGGUUUACUCGGUUAUCUGGACGAAAGUGUACCGUUGGUGGAUCAUUUCGAAAACCUUGUCACGGAUCUGACGCAGCUGGCUCUCACAACGGACGACGAACGGGUGCGCGGUGUUUGCCACCGAUUGCUCUGCAGCUUGUUUAAUCGCAUGCCGGACGAUGAGCAUCAUCGCGGUGUGUUGAAACGACUGCUGACCCUGCUCAGGGGUGAACUGAAGAAGCACAACCACCAAGCGGUGCUCGUACUGAGCUGGAUCGGUAAAGGUUUGAUAUCCCGGGGACACGCCGAAGCGGGAGAAAUUGUGGACGAUAUAGCGGAGCUGCUCGAUCACCCGACACUCGGGCAUGUGGCUACCCUGGCGUUCGAGAUUCUAACGGUUGAGUUCCCGCAGCUUCAUUUGGCGCUGGUGCGCAAUCUUUUCAAGCAGAAAUUGUUCGUGUGGGUAAUGAAGAAGCUUGAGGCAAAAAUUGAACAGUACGCCGGGACGCACCUGAAAGCGCUGGCUUUCGUAUUCAAAGCGACUCCACAUGUCGUGCUGCGAAUGAAUCUGGCCAAGGUAGGACCGGUGCUGCUUAGGUGCCUGGCACAAGAUGACGAUCGUACGGUGGUGGAGGCGAUGACGAUAGUACUGCGCUUUACGCGCGAACAGGAUCCGUUUGUGAAGGAUCAUCUGCAAACCUUGAUACCGGCACUGCUAAAGCUGAUCGUUCGUCAGUCUUCCAUGAAUGUACGCAUCGAGGCGCUCGAGUGUUUGCUGUGCAUUUGUCAGUAUCCAACCUUCCUGCUACUGCCAUUCAAGGUAAACGUGCUGUCGGAACUGCAGAAACCGUUGGACGAUCGGAAGCGCUUGGUGCGAAAUGCGGCUGUUGCUGCACGGUUGCAGUGGUUCAUGGUAGGAUCAGAACAACCGAAACCUGACAAAUGAGGGCGCUCUUCUUACAUCACACCGUGAGGGCUUACCUACCCUGUCUGGGUAACGAAACGUGCAUUUAAGUUUUAGCAGAGCACAAUUUGCUUUUUCGAAACAUGCCGGGCAAAUGUAGCGCGGAAGGAAUGUUUGUGUUAUUUUUCGCAUUCAAUAAAGACGCACCUUGAAAAGGA